AUGAUUACAGUCUCUUCUCGGCUGGGUUUCAGCGGAGAUUCCGAGCGCCCUCUGAACGUCAACUUCGGUUCCACUCCGCUUAUGAAGCAUAGGCCACAGGAGUCAGAGCUCCAUGCAGGCAACCAUGAAAGAUAUCUGCUGGAAUCACAAUCCCAACCGCGGACUUCCCCUACUAUGUCUGAUCAACCUGAACAACGUCAUGCCCAUUCUAUCUCUUCCACAAGCUCAACUACCGAAACCGAAAUUGAACAGAACCGACUCCCCACAACUAAUCACCGUGCAUCGCUGAACCCUGAUGACGAAGCAUAUCUGACCAAGCUCGUCAGCGCCGACCAGAACAUCUCUCGAGUCAAUACCCUGGCCAACAUAUCCACAAAUGACCCCGUACUCAAUCCUGACAGUAAAGACUUCGAUCUUUACAAAUGGCUUCGAAAGAUUGUACAACUGACCAACGAGGGAGGCAUAUCACAGAAGAAAGCGGCCAUUUACUUUGAGAACCUUCGAGUAUCUGGCACUGGGUCAGCACUGCAACUUCAGCAGACAGUGUCUGGCUUGUUCACAGCACCUCUCAGGCCGCGUGAAACGUUUAAUCUCGGCCACAAAAAUGCCAAGCAGAUUUUACAAGGUUUUGAUGGCUACGCCGUCGACGGCGUGCAGUCCUCCGCCCGCCAGGGGCUGGUGCUGUUGUUUUGCAUCCAGUUCUUCAUCUAUGCCAGCACCUUCGCCGACCUCUGCAUCGCCGCCCUCCCGGACGCCGAGACCGCCAGCGCCAUCGUCACCCUCCUCUUCUCCAUGGCCCUCACCUUCAACGGCGUCAUGCAGACUCCCUCCGCUCUCCCGGGCUUCUGGAUCUUUAUGUACCGCGUCUCACCUUUCACCUACUGGGUCGGCGGCGUCACCGCCACCCAGCUGCACGGCCGUGCCGUCCAGUGCAGCAGCACCGAAAUGUCCAUCUUCAAUCCCCCCGCCAACGAAACCUGCGGCGCCUACCUCAGUGACUACCUCCAGACUGCUGCAGGUUACCUCGAGAACCCCGACGCCACCGCCGACUGCCGCUACUGCUCCAUGUCCGCCGCUGAUCAGUAUCUGGCCGGCGUGAACAUUUAUUACAGCAAGCGUUGGCGCAAUUUUGGCAUCUUCUGGGCCUACAUCGUCUCCGAUAUCGCCGCCGCGGUGCUGUUGUAUUAUGUCUUCCGCGUGAAGAAGUGGAGCUUGGCGUCGCUGGUGAAGAGCGGGAAGAAGAAUUGA